CUGAAAUAGUUUCACUUUCAUUUCUCACGUUUCCGACUAAAUUGGACUUCCUUUAUUUUGAGUUACAAGUAGGAAAAGCAAUGUCUCUCUCAAAACUCUCCAAGAUGAUCUUCAAAGUCCUCUGUUCAAAUAAUGGGUCUUUGGAUUAUGAGGACCUCCUCCGUAUAACGACUGGCAUCUCUACAGUGUCUGAUUUGGAUCUGAAUACAGUAUUGUCAGAUCACCAGCUUUUCCUCGUCGGCCCAGGGACAGGGAGUGAUCCUUCUCCAUCUGGGAUAACCUUGGAUAGUCGAAUAAUUUCCACUUCCUCCAUAAGGCUGUGUAAAAAAUAUCCAAACAAGGAAUGCCAAGAUUGUGGAAUGCUUCACCUCUGCAGGUUUUUUGUAUUUGGCAAUUGCAAGUUUGGAGUAAAAAGCAAUUCUUGCAAACAUUCUCAUGACAUCCAUGAUUUCCACAACUGGAAAGUCAUCAGCAAGAAUUCCCUCCAGGAACUGAGUGUGAAUGAAUUGCGCGUUCUUCUGCUUCAGAAUGACCCAUCGCUUCUACCUGAGAUCUGCUUGCAUUACAAUAAAGGAAGUGGAAACCUUCACUAUGGUAUCUGUUCCCGUAAAGAAGCCUGUAAUAAACUCCACAUCUGUUCUCACUACGUCUCAGGAAAUUGUAAAUUUGGGGAUCAGUGUCGACGUUCUCACAGUUUCGAUGAUGACGACGUUAGUGCGCUACUCAAUAAAUUAUGUUUGGAUGAGCACGUGAUGCAGAAUCUGCUGAAGAUAUAUCAGAACAGGAACUACAUUAAGCAGGUUAACAGCACUGUUGGAAAAGAUGCUGCCACGGGACUCGCUUGCGCAGGUACUAAAGGAAACACAGAUGCUCAGGAGAUCUGUCUCUACUUCAUCAGAAAACAUUGCAGCUUCAAAGAAAGGUGCAUACGAGCUCACUUCCACCUGCCCUACAGGUGGCAGAUAUACAAAGAAGAAUGGGAGGAUUUGCCAAACAUGGAAGAAAUUGAAAUGGAUUUCUGUGACCCAAACAACAUCACCAGUUCAGGGAUUCCUCUCAUUAAUUUUGAGACAAUGAUGUUUGGGCCUUACAAGGUGAGGCGACUCUCCACUGCAUCUUCUGUAACUAAACCCCCGAACUACAUCCUGACCACCGAAUGGCUGUGGUAUGCGAAGGAUGCUUUUGGAAAAUGGACUGAAUAUGAGAGUCAGGAUCGAGUGUGUUCAGCGGACCUUGAGAAACUGUACUUGGCUGAAAUCAGUGAAGUGUCUUCAGAAUCCAGUGCAAAACAAAGUUUCAAAGAAAUGUGUCAGAAGUUUAUACGUUUUGAAAGUGAAGACAAUUUCCGCAGAAGGCCGAGAUUUGCCUCGAAGCAAGAUGUGGAGAAAAUAAUACAGAGAGCCUCUUCAGCACAAGGAGAAACCAAUGACUAUAAAUCGAGAAGCAUUCCAGAAAAUUGGGACAAGUCAGCUUUGGUGGACGUGGGAUUCAGGCGUAUUCAACUCUUACCAACAUCUGAAGAGUAUAAGAAAAUCCAGGCCCUCUUCCGGAGCAGUAUGCAAGCCAGCAACAUCCAGAAAAUGUACAGAAUCCAAAACGUUGGACUUUGGGAAAUAUUUCAAUGGAAAAAGGAGCAGAUGAGGAAAAUGAAUGGAGCUCGGAAUGUGAACGAACGCCUUCUUUUUCAUGGGAUCACAACUCCUGCAAUUGUUGAUGCCAUUUGCUCCCAGAACUUUGAUUGGGGAACCAUGGCAGAAGAUGGAUCUCUAUAUGGCAAAGGAAUACAUUUUGCUGAGAAGGCAUCUCGCUGUUUCUUUGACAUGUACUCGGGAUCUGUGACAGAGCACAGCGUCAUGUUUUUGGCACGCGUGCUGGUAGGAGAGUCUGCUCAAGGGCACAGAGCUUGUAAUCAGCUGCCGUCUAAGGAUGGUACGAGGCUCAACCUUUAUGACAGUUGUGUUGAUAACAUUAGUGAUCCCUCGAUCUUUGUUAUAUUUGAGAAAUAUCAGAUUUAUCCCGAAUAUGUCAUAGAAUUUGAUAGUAAUUUAACGUAAAAGUCAAAUGUUUCUGCAAACUGACUGAAGUAGAGGGUAAUUCUCAAAAAUGUGAUGCGACCGGCAUUCUCAUCACAGGAAUUCAAAGCUUUCUAAUUUUCACAGUUGUAGUUAAUUGGCACUGUUGUGCACCUUAUUUAUUAACCUGUGUUACUGCUGCCAUAAAUCAGAAACUACCGAAACUACCUGUUCCAAAGCUUCCAAAUGCUGGGGUAAUGGCUGGUGAUUAUACUUAUUCACAUACUCUUUCACUGACUACAAUUGAACAGAGGGUGAGUGAAUCUGAACAAAAUUCCUACAUGUUUAUUAUUGGCAACUAAAGAUGAAUCCCUUUUCUGAUUUCCUACCCAUGCCACCUGCCCCCUCCCCGACCCCCUUUCUCCACCACCAUUCACCAAAUGAACGGCUCACCAGCUAGAAAAGGCAGCCCCACAUUUGUUUUACUCAAGUCCAACUUUGUUCUUAGCCAAACUUCCUUUAGUAAAGUGCAUGAGCACUAAAGUUCAUCAAUGUCCUGUGUAGCUGGAUUUACUCUGUUAUCUGCAAUGUGCCUUUAAUUAGUGUCAAACCUUUUGAUCUUUCUCACAGGAUAAAACUUAUUUUGGGGAGCAACGAAGAGUUAUUAAGUUGAAUAAUUUAUCUUUGGUGACAGUUUGGUUUUGAUUCGGGGAGAAAGAAUCUUUAAUACUAUGGAUGACUUUUAAAUUGGCAUAGGUGACUUCCCAUUUGUUUGUUUGAUUUAUUGCUUAUAUUUGCUGUUGGAAAUUUUUACUGAUGUGUAACCAUGUUCAGUGUAUUGGAGUGGUUUUAUUUUAUAACACAAUUAUCAUUUCCUUCACAAGUCUUGGAAUGAAAAUUAUUUGACUGGUAUUUCUGGCUGUGAAAAUGUACUAAAUAUUCUCCUCCAUCUGAUGGGGUCAAGGUGCUGAUAAAGAGACUGUAUUUGUAUCAAUUUUACAUUUUGACAUUAUGAUUUUACUGUCACCUGUGGAGUUCUGUGCAUUUACCGCAUCUUGGUGAAAUAUUUUUAAAGAGUUCAAUUUGGUUCUGAAUAUUUGUUACUUUAUUAAAGUAUUAAAAAAAAUGGAAAACGUUCUUGGAUUACCAUCAGCUGAUUUGACUGAUUAUCAACAGGGUACGACGUUCUUGUAUAUUAUGGAGUUAAUCUUUCAAUGCAUAAGGUUUACAGGCAUAAAAUAUGAAUUGGUAAUUGUAAGCUGCUUGACUAAAUAAUUAUGUUGCAA